AUGAUCGCGCUUCCUGGCGUGAUUCUACUCAUAAGAGCACUUGGAGGCUCUACUCGGCUGUUCCAUGUGAAUCUCAUCAAAAUCAUGCAGGCGCACCUCAUCGCUCUGGCCGUAUCGGAGAUGUCACGAAUAGUAGUCGUGCUUCUACGAAACGAGAAUAAUUGGAAGAUCAGAAAACUCGUUCGACGUAGUGGUGUUUGCGACGGUGGCUGUACGAUUUGCUUCUUUGAGCUCGAUAGUGACGAUGAUUCCGGCGAUGGUCACGGAACGAGUCUUUGCCUCCCGUUUCGUCUCUGA